GAAAACCUCACGCUACAGUGGCUUAGCUUGGUAACUAAAUAGUGUAGUCCAGUCAGCCAGCGUAUCAGGUGCUUGCUGUUUUACCGACUGCCUCUCCCACCAGAUCACGCUAAAUACCCCCCAAUGUCUCGUGCCUCGGCCGACCCCCUCAGACUCAGACCUUUGCGUGUGCGCUGAAGUUGUCGCCAAACGAGUUCACCCAUGAGCAGACCGUAUCGACCAAGGUUGGCCUGCCAGGCCUGCACGAGGAAGAAGAUCAAGUGUGAUAAGUUGGCCCCCUGUGGGAAUUGUGUCAAACGUGGCCAGCCCGAGCUCUGCGCCCGCGAAUCCCCACACGAUGACCGCGAUUCGGCCGUGACCCUGGCCGAGCCCAUGCCUCCCCCACCCAGCAGCGACCCGCCGAGCCAGCACAUGGAGCAGCUGGUACGGAGCCUGCUGGAGCGUGUCGAACAACUGGAGUCCCAGUCCCGCCAGCAACAACCGAAUCAGCAGCAGUUGCAGAAUGCGCGCCGCUCGCCACAGCAGCCAUCCUCGGCUUUGGUGCCGGACCCUGGCAAUCUGGCCGCCGAGGCCCAAUACCAUGCAGGGGGAGACAUGGGAGGAGACAUGUCCGUGUUUCUCGGCAAUGGGACCUCGGGAGAGGUGGUCACUGCGGGGACGGAUGCUCUCGCGCCGUGCACCCCGGCAGGGAGCUCAUCAAGCCUGCGUGCGGUCCGCUCAAUGCUGCGCGAGGACAAUUGCUUAGCCCAAUCCAAGAUUCGACAGAUAGCCAUCGUCCAGCUGCUCCUCCCCGACAGAAACCGGGUCGAACAGCUAGUCCAAUACCACACAGAGUCGCUGCUAUGGUCCCAUGGAGGCUACCAUGUCCCCACAUUCAGACAUGACCUGGCCAGGUUCUACGACGUGCAUCUGGGCCAGAUCACUUCCGUCGGGGUUGACCUGCAAUGGGUCGCUCUGCUGUUUGCUAUCUUGUCCGGCGCCAUCAUCAGCGCGCCGUUCCCCCUCGCGCAGAGAUGGGGAUUCCGCAAGGAUGAGCAGCACACGCUCUCCGAGAGCUGGUAUGACGCCACCCUCGAAUGUCUGCAUCUGUCAGAGCACCUGACGCGCCACCGGCUGGACACCCUGCAGGCCAUUGUCGUUCUGACCACAUCUGCCUACCUGCUAGGUCGGAUGCGCAGCCAGAGCGUGUUGAUGGCCACGGCAAUCCGCAUGGCGCAGAACCUGGGUCUUGACCGGCUCGGAGAGGAGCCCGAGGGUCUUUCGGAGGGGAUCGUGCCGCGCGAGAGCGGACGUCGGGCAUGGUACGCCCUUCUCCGACAGGACUACUUCUUCAUCCCCUUCGCCGAGAGCUAUCUCGUGCGGCCCAUGUUCAACCGCACCGAUCCUCCCCGCAACUGCCGCGACGAGGACAUGGUCUCGCUGCCGGACUCGGUGCCGACCGUCAUGAGCUACUGCCGCCUCCUCGACAAGAUCGCCGCUCUGAUGCCGGAGCUGCACGACUCGCUUCUCUCGUGCCGCACCGUGUACGAGCGGUUCGAGGAGAUCAUCCGUUUCGACUCUGAGAUGCGCGCCCUGGCCACGGUCCACCGCCCGCCAUUCCUAGCAGACAGCCCCAUCGACCCAACGUGGCCGAGGUACAUCGCCUGGGCUCGUCGUGCCCUGACUAUCAGCUUCGCCCACAAGGUGAUCAUGAUCCACCGCAACAUGCUGAGCAGAAGCAUGACGGACCCCGUCUUCUCCUUCACGCGUAAGACGUGCGUGGCCGCCUCCAAGACGAUCCUGAAGAUGCUGCAGCAGUCGCAGCCGUUCGAUGAGGACCGGCCGAUCCUGUGGAUCGAGCAAGCCUUUACCGUCACCGCCGGAGUCAUUCUGUGCUUCGACAUGCUCUACCGCUCCCCCCUCGACACCGACCCUUCCCCCACGCACCGCUCCCUCAUCCAGGACGCCAUCACAAACCUCAAGCAGGUAGACCAGUGCAUCAUCGCCCGCAAAGGCGUCCGCCUCCUCACGGCGCUGCUGCAGGAAUGCACGGCCUGGCCACCGCGCAACAAGCGCACUCACGAUGAGAUGAGCGCCGAGGCGGCCUGGCACGACAACACGAUGCAGGUUCUCGAUGUCGAGACCUUCAUCCAGGGGUUCUGGAAGCGGAAGGGCGACUUGGUGGCCAGCUCGGUCAGCCCGCCGGGGCAGAUUCCGAUGCCUCAGACGCCGCAGCUGAUGCAGGGCACCCUGUACGAGAAGGAGCUGGACUGGUUGGGGGAUUACUGGCUGUACGGGGCGUUUCAGGAGCAGCAGGUCCCCGCGCCGAACGGGUCUGAGCAGGUGCCUUCGUUUGAGGACCUGUUAUUUAGGGCGGAGGACUUUAGUUUUUGACUAUGAAUGAGUGUUUGGGGG